AAUCUUCUGAUGGCACGUCAUCCGCUCCGGAACAAUGACCGAAACUGUGAAGGAUGACCGACUCCAGGACACACACUGUCUGCAGGACAUCUUUCAGACGGAGACGCUCCAGUGGCAGCAUCCUCACACCUUUCUUGCUUUCACACGCCUGCACUGAUCGUCUUCAGGUCUCCGAACCGGUGAGGCACAAAAACAAAAGCGUAAGGUGGUGACACCUACCUCAUCACACUAUUUCACCCCACCUCUUCAGUUCUCACACCCUCUCUCCUCCUUCUGCCACACUUCUCUGGAAGGAAAGCGAGGCUGAAUAUUACCCGAGCCACUCAGUACAGCAUGACCUUGGCACAGUUCUCACCUCUGGCAGCUCAGUGUGGGACAGCUGAGGUCCACGUGUGACGCUUCAACCCCCACCUCGCCCUACACCUCCAUGUCAGCGCUUUUGGCAGAGACAGCAGGGACUGAGCCUUGAUUUUCUGCAUCUCUGUUUCUCUGAAUUCUGGAUCUUCUGCUAUAAUGACUGGGAACCGGCGAGCUGCACCGAGCCCUUCAUCUACCCCUACUCAUUUGCCAAAUGCAACAAGCCCCUCGGGGCAAAAACCAUCUGGAGGGCACAAGUUCAUGAGUGAACUGCGUAGCAUCCACAUGCCGUCAUGGGCUGUCGCUGCCCUUUGCAUCGUGAGUUUGUGUGUGGUGUUAUCAUGUGCAGUGUGUGUGUGGAAGAAGUGCUUGAAAAAGAAGGACAAGGACAAAGACAAGGAAAAGAGUAAGGGAAAAGAGAAGAGCAAGGGAGUCUUUGACACCGAAAUGGAUGGAGGUUACGGUGAGACCCUGAAAGAAGAACUUAAGGAAACAGAUCCGUCGGAUAACGAGCCAAAGGAGGAGGAGAAGCUGGGCAGAUUACAUUUCACGUUAGACUACAACUUCACAGAAAACUCACUGGUGGUGGGCAUCCUGCAGGCGGCAGAGCUGCCUGCGAUGGAUGUGGGAGGGAGCUCUGACCCUUACGUGAAGCUCUACCUGCUCCCGGAUAAAAAGAAAAAAUUUGAAACCAAAGUUCACAGAAAGACUCUGGAACCCAACUUUAACGAAACUUUUACAUUUAAGGUACCGUACACUGAGCUGGGGGGGAAGACUCUGGUGCUGACUGUGUACGACUUUGACCGCUUCUCUAAACAUGACGCCAUUGGAGCUGUGAAGAUACCGAUGAGCAGUGUGGACUUCAGCCAGUCUCUGCAGGAGUGGCGGGAUCUGCAGAAGGCAGAAAAGGAGGAGAGCGAGCGGCUGGGAGAUAUAUGUCUGUCUUUGAGGUAUGUGCCUACAGCUGGGAAGCUGACAGUGGUGAUUCUGGAGGCCAAGAACCUGAAGAAAAUGGACGUGGGUGGAUUAUCAGACCCUUAUGUGAAGAUUCACUUAAUGCAGAAUGGAAAAAGACUGAAGAAAAAGAAAACAACAAUUAAGAAAAACACCCUAAACCCUUACUACAACGAGUCUUUCAGCUUCGAAGUUCCAUGUGAACAAAUAGAGAAGGUGCAGGUAGCCGUGACCGUGUUGGACUACGACAAGAUUGGGAAGAACGACGCCAUUGGGAAGGUAUUGCUGGGGGAUAACGGCACCGGGACUGAGCAGCGCCACUGGACAGACAUGCUGGCGAACCCACGCCGACCAAUCGCCCAGUGGCACAGCCUCAAACCGGAGGAAGAAAUCAAGGCAAUGAUUUCCAACAAGAAAUAAAACUUUGUUCACCAGGCAGCAAGGAAACCCAGCUUUUUACCUCAGAUGCUUCCAAUUUGUGUUCCUACCUCUUACUUACCCUAAAUUAAAUACAAACAAAGCUGCUUAACUCAGUAACUCUACCCAACGACACCCUGCUGUAUCUUUGAUCAGUCACUAUUAUCGACUGCAGGCUGACUUCCCUCGGUAAUUUUGCCAUCCUACUUCUGAAUAUAUGGUUAUUUUAAACAAAGAUGUAUCGCAAUGUACAGAAAAUAA